AUGAGCUCGAAGCACUUGCAGGUGAAACGGGAGAUCCUGCGAGCGAUCGCGAUGUUGGAGGAUUACACCUCGAGCGCGACCGCGGACGGGGACAUGGAGAUCGGGAGUGAGAUUUUGAGACGGGCGCGCGGGGUGGCGUUCUUGACGUCGUACACCGUGGGUUUCUUCGGCGGUGGGACGUUCUCGCACGGGGUGUUGAUCGCGAAGCGACCGAACAGCGAGGCGUGGGGACCGCCGGUGGCGCUGAGCGGGGGGGGGGCGACGGGGAUGUUCGGGGUGGGAUAUAAAGAGGAUUCGCAGGUGUACGUGCUGGACACGGACGAGGCGGUGGAGACGUGCUUCACGGAACAGAGCGUCAAGGUUGGAUUGACGGCGAGCGUGAGUCUCGGACCGCUCGGACGAUCGAUCGAUGGGAGCGCGUUCAUCGGGAUGGACUCGAAAUAUCAAGCGGGGCAGGAGACGAGAAAAGCCGUCGGCGUCCAUCACUACUCGUACUCGAAAGGGGUCUUCAUCGGCGCGGGGGUGGAGGUGUCGUAUUUCAGCACACGAGACGACGAUACGAGGGACUAUUACGGCCUGAACGACGACAACGUGCCGGAGUCGCAGCUCCCGAGCGCGAGGAUGAUUGUUCGCGGAGACGUGACCAUCGACACCACCGCGCACCCAGAGGUCGAGCAGCUCCUCAGCGCCGUGCAAUUCGCCGCCGGGGACGAGAGACCGGGCGCCGCGAUCAACACGCACGGUACGAGUUGGCACACCACUGUGUAA